AUGCCCGUUGUUUUGGUCCGCCCGACCAAUCGAACGCGGCGGCUGGAUUCUACGGGAGCCGGGAUGGGCCCUUCGUGGCGGCAGCAGGACUCUCCCCUGCCGACCAUAACGCAUUGCGCACGGUGCACCACCGCCCGCUCCUCCUGCGGCUUUAACAGCCCCGGCAUGGACGCGCCGCGGCAGUUCCCGGCGGGCUUCGGCCCAGAGCAGCAGCAACAGCACCACCACCACCACCAUCACAACCAGCAGCAGCAACAGCAGCAGCAGCAACAGCAGCAGCAGCAGCAGCAGCAGCAGCGGCCGCCGCCGCCGCCGCCGCCGCCGCCGCACUGUCAGCAGCAGUACGGCGAGGACAAGCAGAGCCUCCUCCAACAGCAGCAGCAGCAGCAGCAACAGCAGCAGCAGCAGCAGCAGCAGCAGCAGCAGCAGCAGCAGCAGCAGCAGAGCCCAUGCCUCCAGUGCAACAACUGCGCCUACUACGGGGCUGCUGCGGCAGCCGGGGGGGAUAACCUGCCCCUGCUGCUCCGCGCCUCCUCGCCUCUUUCGGGCGCCUUCCGGACUCACUCCUCGCCGCUGUCCUCCGCCGCCUCCUCCAGGCAGGGCAGCCAGCUAAACGUCAGCGAGCUCACCCCAUCCAGCCAUGCCGGCGCGUCCAGGCAACCUCACCAAUACUCCCAGUACCACCAGUGCCAUACCCUGCAGCAGGCAGCCAGUCCCAGCAGCAGUGUCAGCAGCGGCAGCACCCACCACCACCACCAUCACCACCACCACCACCAGCAGCAGCAGCGCCGGGAGAGCAACCCCUUCACCGAAAUAGCCAUGAGCAGCUGCAGGUACAACGGCGGGGUCAUGCGUCCUCUCAGCAACCUGAGCUCGUCCCGCAGGAACCUAAACGAGCUGGAUUCCGAGUCGCAGCCGCUUCAGCCGCCGCUCGCCAGUCCCGCAGCCGCCGCCGCUGCCGGUACUCCCGCCGCCCCGGAGAUCGUGGUUUCUAAGCCCGAGCACAACAACUCCAACAACCUGGCGCUGUACGGUCCCGCCGGCCCCGGCCCCGGCCCGGGCAGCGCCAACAACGGCGGAGGCAAGUCCAGCAAGAAGAAGAACCAGAACAUCGGCUACAAGCUGGGGCACCGCCGGGCGCUCUUCGAGAAGCGCAAGCGCCUCAGUGACUACGCGCUUAUCUUCGGCAUGUUCGGCAUCGUCGUCAUGGUCAUCGAGACCGAGCUCUCCUGGGGCGCCUACACCAAGGAGUCGCUGUAUUCCCUCGCUCUGAAAUGCCUUAUUAGCCUUUCCACGAUUAUCCUGCUCGGGCUCAUCAUCGUGUACCACGCAAGGGAAAUCCAGUUGUUCAUGGUGGACAAUGGCGCUGAUGACUGGAGAAUAGCCAUGACUUACGAGCGUAUUUUCUUUAUCUGCUUGGAAAUACUGGUGUGUGCUAUACAUCCCAUACCUGGGAACUAUACAUUCACAUGGACAGCCCGGCUUGCCUUUUCUUAUGCUCCAUCCACAACAACAGCUGAUGUGGAUAUUAUUUUGUCUAUACCAAUGUUCUUAAGACUGUAUCUUAUUGCCAGAGUUAUGCUUUUGCAUAGCAAACUUUUCACUGAUGCCUCAUCUAGAAGCAUUGGAGCAUUAAAUAAGAUAAACUUCAAUACCCGUUUUGUUAUGAAGACUCUAAUGACAAUAUGUCCAGGAACUGUACUGUUGGUUUUUAGUAUCUCAUUAUGGAUAAUUGCUGCAUGGACUGUCCGAGCUUGUGAAAGGUACCAUGAUCAACAGGAUGUUACUAGCAACUUUCUUGGAGCAAUGUGGUUGAUUUCCAUAACUUUUCUUUCCAUUGGAUAUGGUGACAUGGUACCUAAUACAUACUGUGGAAAAGGAGUCUGUUUACUCACUGGAAUCAUGGGUGCUGGGUGCACUGCACUGGUGGUAGCUGUGGUGGCAAGGAAGUUAGAACUUACCAAAGCUGAAAAACAUGUGCAUAAUUUCAUGAUGGACACUCAGCUAACUAAAAGAGUGAAAAAUGCAGCGGCCAAUGUACUCAGGGAAACAUGGUUAAUUUAUAAAAACACAAAGCUGGUUAAAAAGAUAGACCAUGCAAAAGUAAGGAAACAUCAACGUAAAUUCUUGCAAGCUAUUCAUCAAUUAAGAAGUGUGAAAAUGGAACAGAGGAAACUGAAUGAUCAAGCCAACACUUUGGUGGACCUGGCAAAGACUCAAAACAUCAUGUAUGACAUGAUUUCUGACUUAAAUGAAAGAAGUGAAGAUUUUGAGAAACGAAUUGUUACUCUGGAAACUAAACUGGAAACUUUAAUUGGUAGCAUUCAAGCUCUCCCUGGACUGAUUAGCCAGACAAUCAGCCAGCAACAGCGGGAUUUCCUCGAGGCUCAGAUACAAAAUUAUGACAAGCAUGUUGCCUACAGUGCUGAACGAUCACGAUCUUUGUCAAGAAGAAGGAGAUCAUCCUCCACAGCACCACCAACUUCAUCAGAGAGUAGCUAGAAGAUAAUAAGUUAACCACAAAAUAAAGACUUUUUGCCAUCAUAUGGUCAAUAUUUUAGCUUUUAUUGUAAAGCCCUAUGGUUCUAACCAGUGUUAUCUGGGUUCUGAUGUCAGAAUCCUGGAAACCUGAAACACGUUUUAGGCCAAAAUGAGUGAAAACUCUUUUUUUCCCCCUUCCUCCUCUCAGAUGCACAGUGAAUGCACCUCUAACUGCUAUAUUAGAUUGUCCCUCCUGUAAUUUCAGUAACUUUUUAUUCAUGCAUUUCAAACAAACUUUACUACUACAAUAUAUAAUGUAAUAAAAAGGUUAAUUUCUGCACAUAGUUGCUUGGUUACUUGGAUUUAACAACAACUAAACAAAAGCUCGCAAUCAAAAGGCUUAAUUAACUUUAAAGAAACAAAAUUGAAGCUUAGUAAAUAUCUCUCAAAACGAAAACUAAUUCUAUAAAUUUUGCUUGCAGUGGAGGGGGAAAAAUCAAUAUUCAUCUAACUGUGCUGUAUAUGUAUAGUCAUUUUAAAAGGUCACUGAGAGCUUCGAUUUCUGAAGUGAUUAAUUAAAAAUAGAGUUUAUCCUAGAAAAUACGUUACAAAGUAUGCUGUGGGUUUUUUAAAUCUUCUUAGGCCUUUUGUUUAACAUGCAUUUGUACACACACAUAUAGAUAAUAUAUAUACAUAUAUACUUAUGUAUAUACAAUUAUUUAUGCAAUACCCAUGGCAAAGAUCUUUUAAACUGACUAUUUGUAAAGCUACUGGCAUCCAAAAACCACAGACAAAGACCUGUUCAUUUAUUCAGAGUCUCAUAAUAAUGCCAAGUAUAUAUGUCCAGAUGGCAUAAUUACUCUGAAGCUGGGAGUCUCCCAGUAAUGCUAUUCAGGUUUUGAAUAGCAACUUCAGCAAUUUUUUCCACUCCCUUUUUUUGUGUUUGAAGUUUCUGGAGUGAACGACAGACACACAAAGUUACAGUACACUCAGUUGUGUGAUGGCAGCACAAUGUUCUGUAUACAUUAUGCUUGGGUAAUCCCCAUGGUUCAGUUGAGUUUAGCAAGAACUUUUUGGCAAUAUUUAAAAAUACUUAUUAAAAAAAAACCACUGUAAACUGCAGUUGUGACAGUGGGGUAUCUGUGGUACUUUAGUUUAAUGCACAAAUAAUGUUUCCUGCUUUCUUUAACAAAAAGUGCAAAACAGUGUACAUGUUUAUGGAAAAGUUGUGUCUGAUUUUAUCUUGGUUGGUAUGCCAGAAUAGCAAAACUAGGUAAGCUUAAGUGCUCAGUACAGGCAGUUUGCAUUCACAGUUCCUAAUGACAAAUGGAAUACUAUUUUACUUUAAAAAUAUUUUAUAGCACUUGCUAUUUAUGAAAUAUAGUAGUUCCACCCCUCACUAAUUUACAGACAAGGGUGACACUACAGCUAACUCUAAUAAGCAGGCGUGGCUGACUGUUUCUGAGGACUACUUCGUAUGCCCAGGAGAAACUAACAAGAAACGGUGGUUUCUCCAAAAGAUGUUGUGAGAUCUGGUCAGUAACAGAAGACAGAGACAAUAGCAGCACAGAACCAUGCUGGACACGAGAGAAGAGCUGUUUCCCCAGCACCCGUAAUUCACCAAACCAAAUCUGAAAAACAGCAGACGCUUCAGGCCUCUUUAAAAUGAAAAGUCUGCCUUUUUUUGGGGAUAUAAAAUAUGUAACUGAUAAAUAUUAGUUACAUCCAGAGGCAUUGCUUCUUUAUGAAAAUGUAGUGGCUCCAACAAAUACUUGUCCUUGUGAAUGCUAGUGACAUAGCAGUAUUUUUUCCCACUAGACAAGCAGGGCAAUUGCAUGCCUUUGGAGUGCCUUCUUUACAGACUGUGGUAUUUUGUGACUGGAAAUAAUAAUAAGCAGUAUGCACAGUAUUUGCAGUUGUGCUUUUGUUUUUAUGAAGUUAAUUUCCAGUGGAAAAGGGGGAUAUUACAUAGUGCUAAUACUAGUGCUAGUCCAGUCCUAAAAUAGGUUAAGAUUUUGAGUGGUCGUGAGGCCACCUGCUUUACACUGUUGACAGGAUUAGAAGUAGUGAUUAAUAACAUUGGAAUUUAAUAGUCAUGUUUCAGAAAUCUUUCUGGAAGAUUUUGUUUGUCCUUUCUCCCAUUUUUUUUUUUUUGUGUUUAAUUCAGAAUAUUUUUCCUGUCAUUGAAUGUGAAAUAAACUUGCUGCAGCUUGAAUACAUUUUUCGUCCUGUCAGCUUGAGCUAGCUCUUUCCUUGUUUACAUCUUUUUGAUUGUACAACCGGGUUUAUAGAAAACUAUAGCUUUGCAUUGAAAAUUCUUGCCAAUCUGUCAGAGUUAAGUUUGAAUUAAGAUCUGGCUGUAAGUAUUGAGCUGGUUUAUUGUGAUGUGAAGGAGCAAAUGUCAUCUUUGACCUCUCAAUUUAUUUUUCACAGUGGGACUUUGGAUCAGCUUCUUACAAACUGUAUCAUCAGUAGGGUUAUGUAGUGAUCUGCCAGAUUCUUUGGAUUAAUUUCAUUGUUUUUGAAGCAGAUAACAAAUUGUGACAUCAUUAAAUACUCCAAUUUCCAUAUUUACUCUAAAGCUCACUAAAAAUAUUUUAUCUGCA